AUGUCUACUCUUCAGGCUGUCAAGUACAUCCGCGGCAAGCUCGAGGUUCUCGACCAGCUCCGACUCCCUCACGAAUUCCACUACGAUGAGGUCUCCAACAGGACCGAGGCCUUCGACAGCAUCUAUACUAUGCGAGUUCGUGGCGCCCCGGCUAUCGCCAUUGUCGCUGCCCUUGGUCUUGCAGUAGAGCUUCAUAACGGAAGCUGCACAGCUUCAUCCGCUGAAGAGACUAUCGGUCAGAUCGAGGAGGCUCUCGAUUACCUCAAGGAGAGCCGACCCACGGCUGUGGAUUUGACCAAUGCUAUUAACCAGCUCAAGGCCAGGAUACGGGAAGUUGGAAGCACCGCGACCAAGGAGGCCAUCAUUUCUGCUUUCAUCGAGGAAGCAGAGAAGAUUUUUGAGAAGGAUCUGAAGACCAACCUGUCGAUUGGCGACUUUGGUGCCGAGUGGCUUCGCGCCCAAGUCGGCGCUUCCCCCGAACAACAGAUCUCGGUCCUCACCCAUUGCAACACUGGAUCUCUCGCCACCUCUGGCCACGGCACUGCUCUCGGAAUUAUCCGAACCCUUCAAGCCAAGAAGCUCCUUCACCACGCCUUCUGCACCGAGACUCGUCCCUACAACCAAGGAAGUCGACUUACUGCCUUUGAGCUGGUCUUUGAAGGCAUUCCUAGCACCCUAAUCACCGACUCCAUGGCUGCAUCUCUUUUCCGCACCCGAAAGCAAGAGAAGAACAUUGCCGCUGUUAUUGUUGGAGCCGACCGAGUUGUGCGCAAUGGCGACACUGCCAACAAGAUUGGCACGUACCAACUGGCUGUUCUGGCCAAGCACCACGGAGUCAAGUUCAUUGUCGCGGCCCCCACGACCAGCAUUGAUCUUGAGACGGAAACGGGCGAUGGCAUCAAGAUUGAGGAGAGAAAGAAGGAGGAGCUUACGCAGGUCACUGGAGCUGUGAUCAAGCCUGAUGGUACCGUGGACGAGAGCUCAAAGGUGCGGGUAGCCACCGCCGACCAGAGGAUCAACGUGUGGAACCCUGCAUUUGAUGUUACUCCCGCCGAGUUCAUCGAUGCCGUGGUCACUGAGAAGGGUGCUAUUGAGAAGGGUCCUGACGGCAAGUUUGACUUUAGCCAGAUCCUGCCAGAGCGCUGGGCCAAGAUCACUGGUGCUUAAACACCACUUAUUAUGACAUGACUUUUCUUUGAGUAUAUAGAACGGAGGCAUCAUAUCCAACAUAGACUAGCGGGUGGAAUUGGGUUUCAGACAGGGACAGCUUAUUGCUUCAACGCAUGGAGGAUCAGCUUUUGGAAAUCCUCUACAGCCGUCUCAAGAUCAGCAACGGUCACGUUUUCUUGCGCGCCAUGUGCCACCAGAAUGUUUCCUGGGCCAUACAGAUACCUCGUUUGAUCGCCCUUGAGAUUGGGGAUGUCGGUUCCGUAGUUGACGACGAUGGUCUCGAAAUCUGGGAGUGUCAGCAAAUGUUAGGACCAUGGUAUGAUAGACGUACCCUCGACAUCACAGUUGGCCUUGACGGGACCG